AUGUCAUCCAUUGCUCCAGCACCUCAGCUUGUACCAUCUGCACCAGUAGGACCAAAAGUGUCAUCUAAUUUUACUGUAACUGGUCCUUCAAACCCUAACCCUACGUUACCUACUAAAGACGCAAAAACCUCAGCAUCAGGACCAAAAGACACUGGUACUAAUGGUACACCAGCUUCCGGCUUGAGACAGAGAAAGAAGAAGACUAAGACUUUACCGGUCGAUUUUCUGCUUCGAGACCGCGACGUUUUGGCCGCUUUGGCCGAUGUUGAGAGGGCCAAAAAGAGGGAAGAAGAGCUGAGGAACAAGCCUAGGUCGAGGUAGGCGCAGGAACUUUUUUUACAGGUCAUAAAAAGACAAGAACUUUUUUUACAAACUAAAAAAUGGCAAGAACUUUCUUUACAAAACAAAAAAUGACAAGAACUUUCUUUACAAAACAAAAAAUGGCAAGAACUUUCUUUACGAAACAAAAAAUGGCAAAAAUUUUCUUUACAAAUCAAAAACUGGCAACAACUUUGUUUUCAGACGUUUCCGCGACACAGUAGCUGAAUGGGGUCGACUUUGCUCAUGUCAUGGUAUACCUCACCUGGCCCAAGCCAGAUCAGUAAUUACUAUCAUUAUUUGGGCCAUCUUAGUAACAGCCACAUGGAUUGGAUUCGCGUAUUUGCUUGUUACCACAGUACAAUCGUACUUAGAUUAUGAUACGUCGAUUCAGGUUGAGGUAAACGGAAGCUUUGGCAAUGGAAGUUGAAUGGAAGAUUUGUAAUUUAUUUUGCACUGAAAAUCUUCCAUCAAACUUUCACUUCUAAAAUGUGUUGAAAUGCCCAAAAACCGUCAUUUUUGAGAUUUUUACAAGUGGAAGUUGAGUGGAAGGUUUUCAUUGCAAAAUACAUUACAAAUCUUCCACCGAAGUUCCAUCGUUAAAAAGUGCUAAAAACGUGUGUUUAGGCAAUUUUAAGAAAUUUUAAAAGUGGAAGCUGAGUGGAAGAUUUUCAGUGCAAAAUACAUUACAAAUCUUCCACCGAAGUUCCAUCGUUAAAAAGUGCUAAAAACGUGUGUUUAGGCAAUUUUAAGAAAUUUUAAAAGUGGAAGCUGAGUGGAAGAUUUUCAGUGCAAAAUACAUUACAAAUCUUCCAUUCAACUUCCACUUUCUUAAACGUUCUAUUUUAGACUUUAUAAAGAAAGUUUUUGCCAUUUCAUGUUUUGUAAAGACACUUUUUGCAAUUUCGUAAAACAUUUUUCCAGUUGAGUGACGAAGAAAUUAACUUUCCAUCAGUGACCAUCUGCAACAACAGUCCAUACAAGAUGAGUAUGUUAAACUCAACUCCCGAACUCAAUGCUCUCGUCCAGCUUUAUAAAGAGGCUGUUGGAUUGUCAUAA